ACCCAGAGUGGGACCUCAGACCUCAGAGUCCUCGGUGGACCCGGAGAGUCCUGCAGGUUUUUGGAUGAUUCCCCUAAGGAGAGACUGAGGACAUGGACGGACUCUGAUCCUGAUCCAGCUGAAGGGUCCAUGUGAUAGUGACAUCAUCACCUGUCUGUCUGCUCUGGUGUCUCUCUGCUGAUGGAGCCUCGGGCCACGGUGUUACCAUGGACACACUGCAUCCACCUGACUCUGCUGCUGGUCCAGCUGAGUUCACCUGAAGUGGAAGCUUCCUGUCGGAUCCUGAGGUGUAACUCUGACUUUGUGGCUGCGACGUUGGACCUUGGGAGCAGCGCCGGAGGAGGAGGAGGAGGCGGAGGAGGAGGAGCAGCAGGAGGAGGAGGUGGAGCAGGAGGAGGAGGUGGAGCAGCAGGAGGAGGAGGCGGAGCAGGAGGAGGAGGUGGAGCAGCAGGAGGAGGAGGAGGAGGUUACUGCAGUGCCCUGCGCUCCUACGCCAUGUGCACCAGGCGGAUGGCGCGGGCGUGUCGUGGCGACCUGGCGUACCACUCGGCGGUUCAGGGCAUCGAGGACCUGCUGAUCCAGCACCGAUGCCCGCGGGCCGGACCCACCGCCCAGCCGCGGCCCCCACCUCAGGGCACGCUGUCGGGGGACGCCUGCCUCUACGAGAGGAGCCUCCUCACUAGAGAGGGCCAGGCGCCCGAGUACCUGCACUGCGGUGUGUUCGGAGACCCGCACGUCCGGACCUUCUACAACGACUUCCAGACGUGUGCAGUGCGGGGGGCGUGGCCUCUCAUAGACAACGAGUACCUGUACGUGCAGGCCACCAGCGCGCCGGCGAGAGGGGGGACGCACGCCACUGCGCUCACCAAGAUCACCAUCAUCUUUAAGAACUGGCGUCAGUGCAUCGAUCAGCAGCUGUACCAGGCAGAGCUCGACAACGUCCCCGCCGCAUUCGCCGAUGGCUCGGUGUCGAGCGGCGAGCGGCGAGGUCACCGCAGCCUGACGGUCCGGACUCAGAGCCCCGGGCGACACGCAGAGAUCCGAGCGGCUCACAUCGGCACUCUGCUGGUGGUGCGUCAGAGCGGACGUUCGCUCGGCCUGUCGGUCCGCUCGCCGCGCGGCGUGGUGGGGGCCUUCGGGCCCGAGCAGGACCUGCAGCUGUGCGUGUGGGGAUGCCCCGCCUCCCAGAUGCUCAACACGCUCCGCCCACCGCAGCCGCCCUCGCCGCCGCCGGACUCGUACUCCGCCACCGGCGCUCGGGCUCACUGCGCCGCAUUGCUUCCCGCCAGAGACGUCUACUACCAGGCCUGCGUGUUCGACCUGAUCACCAGCGGAGACCUGAACUCCAGUGCGGCUGCUGUCAACGCGCUACAGGACGCUAGAAACAUGAUCUCUGACGCGCAGAGAGUUCACCUGCAGCCGGUCGCCGCUGCCGAGCAACACCGAGCACCACUGCUGCUGCUGCUCGGCAUGCUGGGAGCUCUGACCACGGAGCUCUGUUGAACUGGACGAUGAUGUCACUCUAACACAGCGUGUGUCAUGUGACUGCAGCAGGUCCAACAUGGCCGGUUCAGAGACUUUAACCCUGGGCCUGGACCUGAUCCUGGAUCAGAGCUGCUGAAGCUCUUUUGUAUCAGA